UUCCCAAACCUGUCCCGCAUGGCAUUGGACUACCUGUCCAUUCCUGGUACUUCUGUCGACAUCGAGCGCGUGUUCAGCCGCGGCCGGAUCAUUCUUCCCCAUCUCCGCAACGGCCUCUCUGCCCACUCAAUCCGCGCGAUCCUCUGCCUUGGUGAGUGGAGCCUGCUCAAUCUCAUGAAGGACAGCGACAUC